UAAAUGACGCCACUUCCUUUGAAAACAGCAUGGUGGUGAAACAGCCAGAUUUGUAAACAUGAGGCUAGAAAAAUGUUAUUUUUGUUCAUCUACAGUGUAUCCUGGACAUGGUGUUCAUUUCGUGAGAAACGAUUGUAAGAUAUUUCGGUUCUGCCGAUCAAAAUGCCACAAAGCCUUUAAGAAAAAGCGUAAUCCCAGGAAGACGAAAUGGACCAAGGCCUUCAGGAAAGCUGCUGGGAAGGACCUUGCUGUGGAUCCAUCAUUUGAGUUUGAGAAGAGAAGGAAUGUUCCGGUUAAAUAUGACAGAGAAUUAUGGACGACAACAGUAAAAGCAAUGAAGAGGAUUGAAGAAAUCAGAGUGAAACGACAGAACCAACAUAUAUUGAAUAGAUUAAAGAAAGGUAAAGAACUGGAGAAGGCGAAUGACAUCAAGGAAGUCGAAAAGAACAUUCAUCUCAUUCGAUCACCAGCAGCAAAGAGCAAACUUCUGGAGAAGAGAAUGGUGCAAGUCAUCAAGGAAGAAAAUAUGGAUAUGGACGAAGAAUUAUAGAGGAGAUUUGGCAUACAUACUCAUCCACCAACCCAACUGUAAUUGAAUUAUGCCUGCAACUGAAUGUAUUCCGAUCUUACUUUGUGAUCAGCUUCUGACAUUUAUCUACCAGCUUUGUGACAAACAUGUCAGUACAUCACCACUAUCUCUACUUGUUGAGAAACAUUUGUUUGUGACACCUCUAAAACUGCGAUAGUUUAUCACACUAUCUUCAGGCAAACAUAUUUCUCGACAGUACCAGGAACACAACAUCACAAUUUUGUGUUAAGAUACGGUACCCCAUGCUUAGUAAACAUUAAUAAAUAAAACAAAAACUGAAAAAUGAC